ACCAAUGCUGCUGUGGAUUGGUUCCAUGAACAUCAGUCACAAAAUAAUCAAACGCCUUUGCUGCUGCCGUGUGCAGGAAUGAGUUACAAGUAGCUCUGUGACGGUUAGGUGGAUCCUCAGCGGUAACAUACUGCAGAAAAAUAUGGUUUAUUUAACGCCAGUAAUCGGGACUGUGCGCUCUAACUUUUCAUCCGACCUCAUGAGCGCUUCUCAAUUAACAGUUAUUCCUUGAAGUGAUUCCCUGUAAAACUGCCAUGUCCGUGACAGUUCAUGAGAAUCGUAAAUCCCGCACCAGCACGGGCUCCAUGAACAUCUCCCUGUUUCACAAGCCGUCCCAUCCUGACAGUGUCCUGACUCACCUUAACACCAUGAGGAAACAGUGCGUUUUCACAGAUGUUACGUUGUGGGCCGGCGACCGCUCCUUUCCAUGCCACAGGGCAGUCCUGGCAGCAUGUAGCCGUUAUUUUGAGGCCAUGUUCAGUGGAGGGCUACGGGAAAGUCUGGACAAUGACGUCAAUUUCAGAGACAGCAUACACCCAGAGGUCCUGGAGCUGCUGUUGGACUUUGCCUACUCUUCUCGAGUCAUCAUAAAUGAGGAAAACGCAGAGUCCUUGUUAGAGGCCGCCGACAUGCUGCAGUUUCACGACAUCCGUGACGCAGCUGCAGAGUUUCUAGAAAAAAACCUGCAUUCGUCCAACUGCCUGGGGAUGAUGCUGCUGUCAGACGCCCAUCAGUGUAAAAGACUGUACGAGCUGUCAUGGCGGAUGUGCCUGCUACACUAUGAGACGGUGAGAGAAUCCGAGGAUUUCUACAGUCUCUCGAAAGAUAAACUCCUGGAGCUGAUUCUUAGUGAUGAGCUGGAGAUAGAGGACGAACAGAUUGUGUUUAACUCCGUCAUGCGGUGGGUUCAGUUCGACUUGGAGGGUCGGCGUCAUCAUCUGUCAGAGUUACUGAGGGGCAUCAGGCUGGCACUGCUGCCAUCAGAAUGUCUGCUGGAGGUGGUCGCCUGUGAAGAGUUGGUUAUGGCCGACAAGAGGAGCAGGUCCAUUGUAGAAGAGGCAAUGCAGUGUAAGAAAAAAAUCCUUCAAAAUGACGGAGUGGUGACCAGUCUGUUUGCUCGACCUCGUAAAGCUGGACAUACGCUGCUCAUACUCGGAGGCCAGACCUUCAUGUGUGACAAGAUUUACCAGGUUGACCACAAAGCCAAGGAGAUUAUACCCAAGGCCGACCUUCCAAGCCCCAGGAAGGAGUUCAGUGCCUGUGCCAUUGGCUGCAAAGUUUACGUGACCGGGGGCCGAGGAUCAGAGAACGGUGUCUCCAAAGAUGUUUGGAUUUACGAUACCGUCCAUGAAGAGUGGUCCAAAGGAGCACCCAUGCUGAUAGCGAGGUUUGGCCACGGCUCAGCAGAGCUGGAGAACAGUCUGUAUGUUGUCGGCGGUCACACAGCCAUAGCAGGGGUCUUUCCUGCCUCGCCGUCCGUCUCCUUGAAACAGGUGGAAAGGUACGAUCCUCUCAGUAACAAGUGGACCAUGAUGGCUCCUCUGAGGGACGGAGUCAGUAACGCAGCUGUGGUCAGUGCCAAACUGAAACUCUUUGUGUUUGGAGGCUCUACCAUACACAGAGACAAGGCCUCCAAGGUCCAGUGUUACGACCCCGUGGGAAACCGCUGGACAAUCGCAGCAGAAUGCCCUCAGCCGUGGCGGUACACGGCGGCUGCGGUCUUGGGGAGCCAGAUCUUUAUUAUGGGUGGCGACACGGAAUUCACCGCUGCCUCGGCUUAUCGCUUUGACUGUGAAAACAAUCAGUGGACGCGAGUGGGCGACAUGACCUCAAAACGGAUGAGCUGCCACGCCGUGGCUUCGGGGAAUAAGCUGUAUGUGGUCGGAGGGUAUUUCGGGACGCAGCGCUGUAAGACGUUAGACUGUUACGACCCCACGUCUGAUAGUUGGAACUCCAUCACCACGGUGCCUUAUUCACUGAUCCCCACGGCCUUCGUCAGCACCUGGAAACAUCUGCCUGCGUAACGACGAGAGGAAACGAAAUUCCUGGUGAGGGAGAAUGAAAGACUGCCCCCUGCUGGAGUUGCACACAGGUCCAGCCCCCGACAAGACCUGCACUUCAUGAACUGGACACUAGUCCUGACGGUUGGAACAAACAGCACAAGUGUUAACACAAAAAGAGCAUUUCUCUGGAUGUCAUUUGAUCCAUUUUUUUACCUUGUACUCACAGAGACACUUUGAUGAUUUUAAUGGACUUUUUAAUGGAACGCUGAUGAGGAAAUAAUGAGCAGUUUUAUAGAACAGUGGACGCUGCCAGAAUAAUGACAUUGACGAUUUUCAUUGACGUACAAGACUGGAACACACGGUGAGAGACUGGAGAAUGUUUACAUAUAAAGGUUUGAGUUACGGCAGAAUACGGUGAAGGAACAGAAGCCUCAUAAGUAUUUUGUACCAACAUCAACUCUACUGUCUUGGUCUGCUGCAGAUGUUGAUCCAGUUCAUCGUCCCACCGUGCUACUGUCUGGCUGCUGCAGCUCAGACGUACACACCAGGUUCCAACGUUUCUCUGGUUGCUUAAAUCUUUAUAAGUGUUUACAGAAUACAACUGAUGUUUACCGGUUUGGGUUCGUCUUUGGAACGAUCCUAAUCACUACUGCACAAUUCUUUUUCUUGUGUUUGUUGAAAUAAUUGAGGACAAUUCAGUUGCCUUGGUUUGGGCAAGAACUUUUACACACGUGAACCUUCUGCUUACGCUCACAGUUCUGUUAAAACAAACAAACAAAAAAUGCAAAAAAACAAACAAACACCCAGAGCACGAGUUCAGUCACUCAAAGUUUGCACAUUGAUUCUAAUUGUUGCUGUAUUUGGAGUUUGAGCAACAGGUUCCAGGAUCAACCAGCACCCAAAGACUUUCACGUUCGAUCGGUGUCAGCAGAUCAGGCGACUGACCCAGCUGGUAAAAAUACUCUGUACUUCAACUCAUGGUGUAUGAAACAAGCACAUUCACAGCCUCUUUCUUUCUCUGCUCUGUUCGAGUGUCACUGCUGGUUCAACACACGAUAUAAACUUCUUAUCUGAGUCUGAUUGAU